AUGACCGUCCCUCCUCCUUAUGACCCUGUCCUUCUUAGAGAACAUGCCUACCAAGACACCAAGAUCGUCAGACUAGUCCUUCCUAACCAGGCCCCUACCCAAGGCUUCUUACCCCUCCAUUUGGCAGGCUUAGGGUCGUUUGACUACCAGCUCUUCAGAUCUUCGCCGUCGUCGUUCGACUCAAGAGCCAUCGACCUCGGCCACGAUGACCCUAAUUUCGACAAGUUGGCCAACAACAGCAACAACCGUAGCGCUGAUGUCUUCUUUCUAGCCAUAAUAAACAUUUCCGGGUUCUGUAUUGGGGUUUAUUUGAUCCAACUAGUCGCCAGAAAGUUGUGGAACUGGAACGGCGUCAUCAGACCAACAUCCAAGAACCUCAAGAACUUGCGGAUCCACCACGACAAUCAGUUUUCCGUCGCCAGCUCAUUGGAAGACGGAGUGUUCCCAAAACCCCUUAAAAUGGCCAGUCCUCCAUCCGCCUGCUUUUCCCCGGAUAUGUCCUCUUCAUCAAUUCCUUCUUUAACAAAUACACCGGUUUCCUUUUACAGUGGUUCCAAGUUCGGCCAUGCCAGAGAUUCGUCGUUGGUGUCGAUCGCCGAUUCCGCCAUCUUACAAACCCCUUCUGCUUUCGCUAACAACGAUUUUGGAUUGGAGAGUCACCAAGGUAUUAAUGCCGCUUAUAUCUCAACCCGUCCUAAAAGUAUGGCGCUUUCCAAUAAAUUACUAUUCGAAGGUGAAAAUUUUAGCAUGGAAGGUAAUGGCCAAUUGUUUGCCUUUUGA